AUGGGAGCUUUUUAAAUUGCACUCAUUUCAAUCAUAGUCUUUAGUUCCAUUCAAUUUGUCUAAUAUGUCCUUGUAAUCACUGCAUAUUUGCUACUUAUUCAGAAUUAAAUCCCGUACUUGAGAACUAAAUUCUUAUUAGUAACAUUAGUGGCAUUGCAAAACAUAGGAAUGAUGUUAGUAAAUGACCAUUAGAAUUCUAAAAUUGUUAAUAAUACAACUUGCACCAUAUAAGUAAAUUUGAUGCAUUAAUCCUAGGCACUCAUCAUUCAUGGUACUCAAUUAUCAAUUUAUACUCUCUUUUUGUGCAUAACAUAUUCUAAGUGUAGAAAAGAAUUGAAUGAAAACUCAAUAAUUAGCAUGACACUGGUAACUCUGUCGUUUAUGAUAAUGUAAAUAAAAAGAAUUCAUUUAAGCAAGUCCCCUUAUAAUGCAUUAAACGCGACCAGGUGAACUUUUAUGUGAAUUUGAUUAACCAACCAAAGUUAUACUAAGUACCAUCUGUAGCUAUAUAAUACUGGUGGUUUUACUUGUUAGUCCACUACUUACAAUUAAUAAAAUCGACUCUUAGUUGAAUAAGUUCAUUAUCAUUUUCACUAUUACCUAAAUAGUUGAAGUAGUUAAGAAUACAGUUGACAUCAGCGAGUUGGAAUGUAUAUAUUAUAUUGGUAUAUAAAGUGGCUGGGUUGUUUUUUAUUCAGAUACGAAACUUCUUAUUCAUGCUGUUGUUUUAGAUUGAAACAAAAGAUGCCUUGUGUGGAUAUUGCGGAUUGACGAAAAAGCCAAAGAAAAGCAAAUAAAAUCUAACAAGAUAGGAGGAAUGUAUUCCAGUAAGAGAAAAUGAAAUGACAUAUAAAAUUUGA